UUCAAAAUGGCGGCCGUGGUGAGCAAAGUAAUUAGCGUUUUCUUUGAAUAUGAUACGCCGAGAAUUGUACAUAUCAAAAGCAAAAAAGUCGGUAUUAUCAACAGAUUUCUACAACUAUGUAUUAUAGGCUACGUUAUAGGGUACGCCAUUAUAUUUAAGAAGGGGUACCAAGAUUUUGAUAACGUACAAGGCGCUGUUACAACUAAGCUGAAAGGAGUUGCUCAGACUCAUAACCUUACAAAUAAUACAAAUGGAAGAAUUUGGGAUGUAGCUGAUUAUGUGGUCCCGCCACAGGAAAACAAUGCUUUCUUUGUUAUAACAAACCUGAUAAUCACAGAUGAACAGAAAAUUGGAAUCUGUGAAGAGGACAUAAGAAUUCCAGGAGCAAAUUGCACAAGUGAUCCAAAGGUGUGCAAAGAAAAUGAACCUCUUUUAGCAGGAGAUGGUUUUAUGACAGGAAAAUGUAUAAACUCCUCCAGGGAUAAAGGGUUUCAAACAUGUGAGGUGAAAGCAUGGUGUCCAACAGAAGACGGCUCUCUUAAAGCACCAGAUCCACCUGCACUGAGAAUAGCUGAAAAUUUUACUGUCUUCAUAAAGAAUAGCAUAGAGUUUCCAAAGUUUAAUGUAAAAAGGCGGAAUAUACCAAAGACUGUGAACAAUGAAACCUAUCUUAAAAGCUGCAGAUUUGAUAUUGGUGACAACAAACUUUGUCCCAUAUUCCAACUUAAAACUAUAGUCCUUAAUACGGGUACACCAGAUUUCAAGUCUAUAGCAUUGAAGGGUGGAGUGAUACAGAUAAUCAUAAAUUGGGACUGUAAUAUAGACUACAAUGUAGAGGACUGUAUCCCCGAAUAUUCAUUCCGAAGGCUGGACAGUGAUGAAGAUAUUUUGUCUAAAGGAUACAAUUUUCGUUACGCACAUUAUUAUAAAGAUCAGACUGGAGUAGAGACCAGAACAUUAUACAAAGCCUAUGGUAUUAAAUUCAUAGUAACAUUACAAGGCAAAGCAGGGAAGUUCAGUGUGGUACCACUUAUCAUAAACAUUGGCAGUGGCUUAGCUAUAUUGUCAGUAGCAACCAUAUUGUGUGAUAUCAUGGUAUUAUACAUACUGAAGGCCAAAUAUCUAUAUCGUGACAAGAAGUACCUGCAGGUUGAAGGGGAUGAUGCAUACAAGGGAUUAGAAUAGUUGAACAGUAGAAAAAUGGAAUGGAUGAUGAAGACAAUGAAAAUUAGCAAAUUUCUUAAGGACGUCUCUUAGCAAAAUGGUUGUAGUUGAAAGCUGACAUUUAGAAUUGAGAAAGCUAAAAAUAAUAGUGAUAAUGAAUUCAUAUUCUGUCCAUUCCACUUGUUAAUUCUUGUUGAUGCCUUCUGUGAUGUUAAGUUUUUGUAUUGAAAUUUUUCUUUGUGGUUUGUCGAUUUAUAACAUCAUUUAAUGUUAGAAACCAUGGGAUAUCGAGUAUAUUUUUUGCUUCCUCAGAACUUUGAAUGUGGAAGAUAAUGAAUACCAGAAUUCUGUAUAAAGAGAACAAUACAAUUUACAAACAAUUCAGAACUAAAUAAAAAUUUAGUAAAAGAUAUUAAAAAUAAUCGAAAUGUUUAAAACAUCAGUUUUUGCCUCCAACUUUAAAACUUUUUCUGUGAAAUGUGGCAAUGGCUUGUUGACCUAAAAAAAACAUAGGACCAAAUUGACUCAUGCCAAUUGUUUUUAUUAAUUUUAUAUUUUCAUAGGAUUUCAUAAUCACAAUUUUAUUUAUUCACUUUUUACAAUAACUGCAUAAAAUUGUGCCAUAUCUUUGUACAUGUCAGGUUUGAUUUCCUCACUUUAUUGUUAAAAGUGACAAUUGUGCUAUAUAGUUUCAUGACUUCUUGACAGUUGUUCUAUAUAUAAAUUCUCACUUAAAGGGAUAAAGUUACCAGUAUAUAUAUAUAUAUAUAUAUAUUGGACAGUUCAUAAAGUACUUUUAAAAAUGCAGUGUACUUUAUAUCAAUAUGAUAUAUAACUAUAUAACCACAAUUCAUUCCUUUUGUUUAUAUUUUUGUUUUUCUCUUUCUUUCACAUUUAUGUAUCUGUCUCAAUAUGGAAUACUAGUAAAGAAAUAAAUUUCUGAAAUAAUAAAAUCGUGGACUAACAUAGGCUAUUGGAAUAGCAAAAUUUCUAACUUUACAUCACAAAUCAAGUUUUCCAUAGGCAGAUGGGAAAAUGCAUUUGUUUUCAUGAUGAUGUAAUAUAUGUUAACAUACUUGCACAGUGUUUUUUUCUAGCCAAUUUGGGACUGAAAUAAGGCCCCAAUCCCAAUGGAAAAUGGUAUGUUUUUUUCCCAAUUUCAAGGCUAAAAUUCCCAAAGUUAAUCAUAUUUUCUUUUUUUUUUCCCAACUUUUUCAAACAAGACCAGAACUAUAAACAUUUGAAACACAGACAAUUUGCUAAAUUAAUGCAGAAUGAUAAAUUAUGGCCAUUUUCUCUCUUAAAUGUGACAUUUUAACAGAAGAUAUGUUUUAACAAUUCCCAAAUUAGGCAUUUUCCAUCGUAUUUUUCCCAAUUGUAAAGGCCCUGGCCCCAUUCCCAAAUUGGUGGGAAAAAACACUGUUGCACAUCUGACUGAGGUUUCCAGUGAAUUUACCCAUGCCAGCAAAGCCCAUCCAGCACCUUUGGUGCCAGAUAACUCUUGUGGUGUUAAUGUCAACUAACAAUUCAUGCAUUAAUUAUAUAUUUUUAUGUAUAGUUUGAUAAAAAUCAAAUACCUUGAUAGUUUAUCUUUGUUCUUUAUAGUAUAUUUCUCUGUUCAAAAACAGUUAUUUUAGGGAAAAUACAUGAUGUUCUGCUACAAAUAAUAAAACUACACUGGAACUUGUUUGUUGUGUAUCAUCAAAAUGCCAGGACGUCAUUUCUGUUCAGAAUCAUUAAUUUCCCGCUCUCUGUUUUAAAUACGCUACUGUAAGAAUAUGCUACUGUAAAAAUACGCUACUGUAAGAAUACGCUACUGUAAGAAUACGCUACUGUAAGAAUACCCUACACGCUACUGUAAGAAUACGCUACACGCUUCUGUAAGAAUACGCUACACGCUACUGUAAGAAUACGCUACACGCUACUGUAAGAAUACGCUACACACUACUGUAAGAAUACGCUACUGUAAGAAUAGGCUAUACGCACUGUAAGAAUACGCUACUGUAAGAAAAAGUGAUAAGGAAGUAUUUCCCUUUGCUUUAUUUGUAAUGUAAUUUGUAAAAUACGUUCUGCCACAAAAAUAAUAUACCACUGGUAGUAGAUGCAGAAGGAAAUAUCCUACUCUCGGGUAACACUUUUGACUGCAAAACAGCAGAGCCUUGUUACUGCCAAAACAAGUACCCACAAACUCAAUAUUACCAUCUGCAUCUGCAACUAUGGACAGAUUUGUAUAAUCUAAGCCAUGCAGUCAUGAAUUGUGACUUCUGGUCACAAGAUUUGUUGGAAAUAUUGGGAAGCAUGCGCUGUAUAUCAAUUCAUCUAAGAAAAUGCAUUUGAACUGUACUGUUUAAGCUUAUAUUUUCGCUGGGUCAAAAUUUCGCCAAUUUGAAAUUUUGAGUAUGUUCGCAAAGUUAAAUAUUUGUGAGAUUGUUAAAAUGGUAUCCUAGUUGAAUUUGAAUUAUACUAAUGGUGAAUAUUUACGUGAGGAUUAACUUUCGGGAAAUGUAGGGCCUCAUGUAUAUAGCAAAAUUUAAACCCUCACGAAAAUUUCUUGCUUUUAUAGUAAAUAUCUUUAGGUAGAAGCAGUCUUAUUGUAUCAUUAAGUUAUUUAAUGCUAGUGAGACAGUGUUAGGGUAUAUAUCAUUGUAUAUUGAUUCAUGUUAUAUACAUGCUGCUAGCAUAAUAUGUUAUAAAAUCCAUUUGUCUACAUGAGAUUGAAGAAAUGUGUAAUUCAGAACUACUUCAGAGUGCAGUUGCAUGAGAUUAAAGAAAAUGUGUAUGAGUGAUAACUGCUUCAAAAUGAAAUAAAAUGUGGUGGGUUUUAUAGUAUGUUAUUGAAAAAUUUGUUUUCUCGUCUGGUUGAUACAUUUUCUUUAUUAGUUAAUCAAACAGAACAAAGACUUAGUUUUUGCUACAUUAAAUUUUGAUACAAAUAUCAGAUAUAUGCCUAUGAUUAAAAGCUGAUUUUAGACAUCAACUGAAAUUUUAUCAGGUGCCAACAUUUUUGUAAUGAAUAUAUCUGUUAUCUUCAGAGAGUUAGUAAAAUUGCCAUUUUUAUAAAUUAACAGACCAAUCGCAGUUAAUUCAUAGAAUGAUUUUCGUUGCUGUAUGAUGGGUCCAGGCUUUAUUCUAUUUUUUCCAGGUAAAAGACAUUAUGCCAUUACUAAUGGUUUAUCAAAAGGCAGAACUACCUAAAGAAUCACUGAUAGAUCAAAAGUUCUCGAUGGUCAAAUAUUAAGAAUAUUAUGGUAAAAUUUAAUCUGAGCCAACUUUAAACCAUAUAACUGAAAAUAUUUCUUGUGUGUAACAAUAAACUUUACUUUCUUUUAGAUUUUAUUAUGUCUCCCACACCACUGUGUGGUGGGAGACAUAUUGAUUUACUCCUGUCUGUGUGUCCAUCCAUCUGUCUGUCACAAAUCUUGUCCGCACUCGUAAGUCAAACAUUUCUCAUUUGAUCUUCACCAAACUUGAACAAAAUGUGUUUGCCAGUAAGUCCUCAGCUAAGUUCGAUAAUUAGCCAAAUCGGCCCAGGCACUUCGGAAAUAUAUGGCCCUUGAAUUACCGAAAAUCUGCCUUUUUAUUCUUGUCAGCGCUCUAAGUCGAACAUUUUUCUUUCGAUCUUCACCAAACUUGAACAAAAUGUGUUUGACUGUAAGUCCUCGGCAGAGUUUGAUAACUAGCCAAAUCAGCCCAGGAACUUUGGAAUUAUUGGCUCUUGAAUUACCAAAAAUACUGAUGCCAGUGAUACAGGUCUAAGGGCAUGGUUGACUCAGAUACACAAUGGAGAAGAAAUGCUAAUCUAGAUGAUUAGGCAGUUGUGGGAGACAUGUGCAUUUCUCAAAAGCAGCUCUAGUUUAGUUCUGAUUUCUUUCUUCAGUGUAUCUCAUGUGUGAAUUACAGGUCCAUUUAAGCUAAGUGGAGAAUGUUAGAAUUUUAGUGUUUGUGUACAAUUUUAGGGGCCAAGUGGGAAAAGACAGGGUUAUCCCAGUAAUAGAUCACCUAGUCUUUUCUCUGAGGAAAACAUGUGCAUUAUGACAUUUUUUUACCUCAGUAACUACAUAACUCCCAUGUGCAAUUUAUAUCUCAAAAUAUAUUUGAAAAUGUUGAAGGUAGACACGAAAAAUGAUAUUAUAUAUCUACCUGUGUAAAACAGGUGUUUUCCCAAUCAUUUCUUGCACUAUUCCACAUUCCAUUAAAUUUGUAAAAAUUGGUGAUUUGAAUGAUUUUACAUGCUUUGCAAUUUUCAUACAUGACACUGUGACAUAGGUUGAAAAUGUCUCUAAAUUUGUAGAUAAAUGUGUUGAAUUUUUUCAGAUGUUUAUGUAUCUAUUGAAAGAAUUGUUGUUUAUUUAUAUAACUGUUAUGUGUGUAAAUUAUGGAGUGAUCUCCCCUUUACUGUGGUAACAUUAUCGUGACACUUUUUACUGUUACUACUAGAGUCUUUUAAAAGACACUGACCUCCAGAUCUUGGCUAAAUAUGAUCUUUCUUUAAAAUUGAAGUCAAGUUAUUAACUUAAGAAAGACAAUAAAUUUAAGUUCUAUAAAAGUU